GUUUACAUAUCAUAACCAAAAUUGUGGGAUUCACAAAACAUUCUUCAAUGGCUAAUCAUAAGGUUUCUAUUGUGUUUUUCUUUAUGUUAGUUAGUGUAACCAUAUGUUAUGCUUCUUCUAGAGCUCUCCUCAAUCUAGAGGGAGGUCUUGGCUACAAUGUGGGUGGCACCGUUGGCUAUGGUGCAGGGCAUGGUGGUGGUUCAGGAGGCGGUUAUGGGGGUGGUGGAGCUGGGGGAUAUGGCAGUGGUGGAGGUGGAGGUUCUGGAGGUGGUGGUGGUUAUGAAGGUGUAGUUAAUCAUGGUGGAUAUGGUGGUGGUGGUGGAGGAGGAACAGGAAGUGGUGGUGGAUAUGGUGGAGGCGCAGAACAUGGAGGUGCAUAUGGUGGUGGUGGAGGAGGAGGAACAGGAAGUGGUGGUGGAUAUGGUGGAGGCGUAGAACAUGGAGGUGCAUAUGGUGGUGGAGGAGGAGGAGGAACAGGAAGUGGUGGUGGAUAUGGUGGAGGCGCAGAACAUGGAGGUGCAUAUGGUGGUGGAGGAGGAGGUGGAAGUGGUAGUGGUGGUGGAUAUGGUGCGGGAGGGGUUCCGGGGGGAGGUUAUGGAGGUGGAGAAGGAGGAGGAAGUGGUGGUGGCUAUGGAGGAGAAGGAAGUUUACCUGGUAGUGGAUAUGGAGGGGGAGGUGGUCAUGGAGGAGGUUAUGGUUCAGGAGGAGCUGGUGGUGGUGGAUAUGGAAGCGGUGGAGGUGCAGGUGGUGGCGCAGGAGGAGCUUACGGAGGUGGACAUGCUGGUGGUGAAUCAGGAGGUGGAUAUGGAGGAGGUGGUGGAAGUGGUGGAGGAGGUGGCCAUGGUGGCUACAUUCCUUGAACUUUCAUAACUUGUAUGGUCUAAUGCAUGCAUGCAUGCAACCCCAUUAGUACUACACUACUACUGAAGUAGUGUUAAUUACUAUAUGUACUUCAAUUGUUAUCCUUAAUAUGUAAUAAUGAUAUUAAAAGUAUAUAAGAAUCAAUAUUUGAUUUUCAUCAUCUAUAAUUUUUUCUUUAA